AUGGUCCGAGCUCAGCCACUCACGACCCAGCUUCAUGCAAAUGACCUCAAGCUAUCACCACCUUCGACACCACUAACGCAACAUUCGACAGGCAUCGAGGCCCCCCAACCCGCCACGAUGCUUCCCCGUCGAAUUGCGCAGGCCUCGGCCCUGCGAACAUUGCCCUCGCGCCGCAUCCUCCCCGUCGUCCAGCGCCGGACCUUCAUCCCCAACUCGCUCAACGACAAGGCCGUCUACGAGGAGAGGUACCCCGACCCGCCCAAGCUGACCGAGGCCGAGGAUCCCAACCAGAGCGGUGGCUACAUCAACCCGCCCCGCGUCAAGAGGCAGUUCCGCGACCCCCACGCCGACUGGUGGGACAAGCAGGAGCGCCGCAACUACGGCGAGCCCGUCCACGAGGACCACGACGUGCUCGGAUUGUUCUCCCCCCACGAGUACACCUGGGUCUCGCCCGCCAAGGGCGCCCUCCAGGUCGGCGCCUUCGUGCUCACCUUCCUGGGCGUCUGCUGGCUCGUCGGCCAGGUCUACCCCGACAAGGUCUCGUAUCCUCGCGAGUUUGAGGGCGGACUGGAGCGGGAGCUGGGCGGACCCGGUGCGAUGAGGGCGAGAUCCCCCGAAGAUCCCGAGGCUUACCAGGCUGGAGAGGCGGAGGAAUAG